ACAGUAAGGAGCAGUUAGCUCUCAUUUGAAUAAUAUUCGGCUUUCUUUCUUUUCCAUCUCCAUAUAAAUUAAGCUUGAUCUCUCCUCCUACAAAACCCCUCAUUCAUCAAAACCAAAAAAAAACACCAAAAGGGUUUAUCCAUUUCUCCAUUCUUUUUCAUUCAUUCAUUCAUUCAUUUACUACAAAAAAAAAAAAAAAUGGCAGUGAAGAAGAAGACAAGUAGUAAUAAUGAUCAAAGUUCUUCAUCAUGGCAAUGUCUUCUACUAGGAUCUUGCUACGGCCGUCAUUAUAAUGAUGUUCAUCCGAAGCCAAAAUCAUCUCAGAAGAAAUUAACAUCAACUCAGACAUCAUUUCAUAGGCUUUCUCUGUCGGAUUUGAGCAUUUCAACAUUGUCCGAAGAUUUAUCGCUUUCUUUGGCUGGUUCCGAUACACAUAUUUUCACCCUUCAAGAAUUGAAGGUUAUAACUCAGCAGUUUUCUUCCUGUAACUUCCUUGGUGAAGGAGGUUUCGGGCCGGUUCAUAAAGGGUUCAUUGAUGAUAAGCUCCGGCCGGGCUUGAAAGCUCAGCCCGUUGCUGUUAAGCUACUGGAUCUUGAUGGCUCCCAAGGUCACAAGGAAUGGCUGACUGAAGUGAUAUUUUUGGGACAAUUGAGACAUCCAAAUUUAGUGAAGUUGAUUGGAUAUUGCUGCGAGGAUGAACAUAGACUUCUUGUUUAUGAAUACAUGCCCCGAGGAAGCUUGGAGAAUCAAUUAUUCCGAAGGUAUUCGGUAUCACUUCCAUGGGCAACGAGGAUGAAGAUUGCCUAUGGAGCUGCAAAAGGGCUUGAAUUCUUGCAUGAGGCUGAAAAACCAGUUAUCUACAGGGAUUUUAAAGCCUCAAACAUCUUGCUUGACUCGGAUUAUAAUGCUAAACUCUCAGAUUUUGGGCUUGCAAAAGAUGGUCCAGAAGGAGAUGAUACACAUGUUUCCACCAGAAUAAUGGGCACACAUGGCUAUGCUGCCCCCGAAUACGUAAUGACAGGUCACCUAACGGCAGCGAGCGAUGUCUACAGUUUUGGAGUAGUGCUUUUAGAGCUUAUCACAGGAAGAAGAUCAGUGGACAAAACUCGACCUCGUAGAGAACAAAACCUGGCAGACUGGGCAAGACCAAUGCUGAAAGAUCCUCAGAAACUUAGCCGAAUAAUCGACCCGAGACUGGAAGGCCAGUACUCCGAAGAAGGGGCUCUGAAAGCCGCAGCGUUGGCCUAUCAAUGCCUGAGACAUCGGCCAAAGACUCGGCCCGCGAUGAGCACCAUUGUCGAAACUCUGAAACCUCUCAAGGAUUACAAAGACAAUAUAGGUGGAACAUUCGUGUACACCGUUCCACAGGAAUGUACUGAUCUUAAGGAAAAGAUGGAAAGUCCGAGAAGAAAAGAAGCGAGGAAACUACCACGUUCGCCUUAUCACGAAAAGGAAAAACGCAGAUUACACCAUGAUCAUAAACAUUGGAGCAGAACACCGAAGUCUCCAGCAGUACAUUCAGAAACUCAUCUGCAACAAUCCAUGGAGAAAGUGUUAGAUACUUGAAUUUUCAUAUCUUAGCAUAACAAAUUAAUUAGAGCAUAUAUAUAUAUAUAUUGAUCACCAAGUGUAUGUAAUCAGCCUGUAGAUAAACACAUACUUCAAGCCUUCUUUUAUCACUCAAAGUUAAAUUAUAUACCACAAUUUUCCGUUCUUUAAUGAAAACCUUACUUCCGUGUCUCACAGUAUUAAUCCACUUUCUUAAAUUAACUUCUUCUUCUAGGUUUUUUUUGAAGGACGGAGGGAAUGUAUUCAUUCCACUGUAAUCAUAUUCUAUGAAUUAAUCCAGUUAUGUAGGACUUAAAGUAUAACAUAUGACGAAAGUGAGAAAAUGGACCCCAAUGAUACGACUAAAACGAAUGAG